AUGGCAGAGGCGGCUGCUCUUAUUCCGCAUAUCCAUCAUGAGAGGCAAGAAGAAGGAUCAAUGUUAUGUGCUCAACAUGCACUCAAUACCCUGUUACAGGGAAACUACUACGAUCCUUCCCAAUUAUCCGACAUUGCCAAACAACUUGAUGAACUUGAACGAAGUCAAGUAGAUGAACAAACUUGGAGACAACGUGAUCAAGCAAGUUUGAAUAUGGACGAUACAGGAUAUUUCAGCGUUUCCGUCUUGGAACAAGCUUUAGAGGUUUGGGGUUUAAGGCUGAUUAGGUGGCGCAGCGAAAUAAUGCGACCCUUUCAGUCAAAACCGGAAGAGCAGUUGGCAUUCAUCUUGAACUUGGAUUCGCAUUGGUUCACCAUUCGUGGCUUUACGGGAGGGUAUUGGUUCAACCUGAAUAGCUUCUUAGAGAAGCCAAGUUGGGUUGGCCCUUCUUAUCUAGGUGCAUUAUUGAAUGCUGCUGAAAGUGAAGGAUAUUCAGUGUUUGUAGUC